AUGAGCCCGUGCCUCACAGAAAGACAGACCACACCACGGCACGGCUCGGCCGUGCCGGCUCGGCUCGGCUUGGCACGGCACGGCUCCCCACAGACUCGCGCCUGUGUGGAUCACGCUGUGGAGUCGCCCAGAUCCGAGGCUGACAAUGCCACCAAGCGGACCCGCGCAGAACCACCUCCUGCUCCCGCUCGCUCCAGUCUAAUACGCAUCUCUGGACGCAAACCCACCACAGCCUUUGGGAUCGUGCGUGGGAAGUCUCUAAGCCUCUCUCUCCUCCUCUUCCUCAUCUUCUUCUUCUUCUUCUUCUGCGGUCGCCGGCUCUCGACACCUAUAAUCGCGUGUUAUUCUGUGGACGUGGAGCAGCCGCGUUCCGUCGAUGCCUGUGCAGAAACUAAUUGGGGAUUGUGCGUGUUCUGCCUCGGUCUUUCUCGCUCCUGGCUCUGGGUUUUGAAAGGCGGGUUCUGUUCCACGCAGAGGGACUGGAGCUCCGUGCUGAAGUGUCGCUGCUUGGCUGGGACUGGGAGUGACCGGAGAUAUGCGAAAGGAUGCUGGGCAGUAGUGCGGGAGACAGCAGCCGGAGGCGGUGGAUCCACGGCCGCAGCACGAGACCCGCAGAGGACCAUGUCUCCACAGGACGUCCCAGUCCCCACAGGACGUCCCAGUCCCCUCAGUACGUCCCAGUCCCCUCAGUACGUCCCAGUCCCCACAGGCCACAGGACGUCCCAGUCCCCACAGGACGUCCCAGUCCCCACAGUACGUCCCAGUCCCCUCAGUACGUCCCAGUCCCCUCAGUACGUCCCAGUCCCCACAGGCCACAGGACGUCCCAGUCCCCACAGUACGUCCCAGUCCCCUCAGUACGUCCCAGUCCCCACAGUACGUCCCAGUCCCCACAGGCCACUUUGUCUUCUGAAGGGUCUGCGGCGAGCGCUAGCGGCUGUGGUCAGUGGUUGUGGUCAGCGGCUGUGGUCAGUGGCUGUGGUCAGCGGCUGUGGUCAGCGGCUGUGGUCAGUGGCUGUGGUCAGCGGCUGUGGUCAGUGGCUGUGGUCAGUGGUUGUGGUCAGCGGCUGUGGUCAGUGGCUGUGGUCAGCGGCUGUGGUCAGCGGCUGUGGUCAGUGGCUGUGGUCAGUGGCUGUGGUCAGCGGCUGUGGUCAGUGGUUGUGGUCAGUGGUUGUGGUCAGCGGCUGUGGUCAGCGGCUGUGGUCAGCGGCUGUGGUCAGUGGCUGUGGUCAGCGGCUGUGGUCAGUGGCUGUGGUCAGCGGCUGUGGUCAGCGGCUGUGGUCAGUGGUUGUGGUCAGUGGUUGUGGUCAGCGGCUGUGGUCAGCGGCUGUGGUCAGCGGCUGUGGUCAGUGGCUGUGGUCAGCGGCUGUGGUCAGUGGCUGUGGUCAGCGGCUGUGGUCAGCGGCUGUGGUCAGCGGCUGUGGUCAGUGGCUGUGGUCAGCGGCUGUGGUCAGUGGUUGUGGUCAGCGGCUGUGGUCAGCGGCUGUGGUCAGUGGUUGUGGUCAGUGGUUGUGGUCAGCGGCUGUGGUCAGCGGCUGUGGUCAGUGGUUGUGGUCAGUGGUUGUGGUCAGUGGUUGUGGUCAGCGGCUGUGGUCAGCGGCUGUGGUCAGUGGUUGUGGUCAGUGGUUGUGGUCAGUGGUUGUGGUCAGCGGCUGUGGUCAGUGGUUGUGGUCAGUGGUUGUGGUCAGUGGUUGUGGUCAGCGGCUGUGGUCAGCGGCUGUGGUCAGCGGCUGUGGUCAGUGGUUGUGGUCAGCGGCUGUGGUCAGUGGUUGUGGUCAGCGGCUGUGGUCAGCGGCUGUGGUCAGUGGUUGUGGUCAGCGGCUGUGGUCAGCGGCUGUGGUCAGCGGUUGUGGUCAGCGGCUGUGGUCAGCGGCUGUGGUCAGCGGCUGUGGUCAGCGGCUGUGGUCAGCGGCUGUGGUCAGCGGUUGUGGUCAGUGGCUGUGGUCAGCGGCUGUGGUCAGCGGCUGUGGUCAGUGGUUGUGGUCAGUGGCUGUGGUCAGCGGCUGUGGUCAGUGGUUGUGGUCAGCGGCUGUGGUCAGUGGUUGUGGUCAGUGGUUGUAAUAAUCGAUAUAUCGUCACACUCGUAUUCAGCAGAAUGA